CCAACGGAACCGGAAAUACAGCUCCGGGGGGACAGGAGCAGCGACUCACCAAGCUGGCGGGAAACAGAAGCCCGGCUUUAAGGAGCUGUUCUGCCUCUUCUUGGAGUUUGUUAUCUGUCCCCUCUCAUGAUCCUUCUGUACGUCUACCGGAGAUUACCACGAUGGCGACGCUGGUUCAGGAUUUUGUGUCUCGGCAGGUGGAGCUGCUAAAGGAGGAAAGAGAGGCCGAGAUUGCGGAAGCCAGGGCAUGGAAGGAAAGUCUGUCCCUGAAAGAGUUGCAGCGCAGAGGUGUCUGUUUGCUGAAACUUGAAGUAACCAGCCAAAGAACUGGGUUGUACGGCCGUCUGCUUAUAAUUUUACAACCUAGAAGGCAUGGCUCAGAGGCAGAGCUGCCCUGUAAUAGUUUUGGGCCUGGUGACAUUAUCGGACUUUAUGAAACUGCUAGCCAAGGUGAUCCACUCUCCACAGGAAUUGUCACCCGUAUAGCCCCCAGAUCGAUUACAAUUGCAGUUGAUGAGCCUGUGAGCUUGGGCCAGGAGAACUCGUAUCGUCUGCUGAAACUUGCCAAUGACAUCACAUACAAGAGGCUUAAAAGGGCCUUAAACUUGCUUAGCCAGUGUCGGUCUGGUCCUGCAUGUGGUCUGAUUGAUAUCCUGUUUGGUACUUCUGAACCUAGUGAUGCCAGAGAUAAAAAGCUGCUGAAAUUCUACAAUGAAUCACUGGACAUCUCUCAGAAAGAGGCUGUUUGCUUCUCACUGGCUCAGAAAGAGCUUGCGAUCAUCCAUGGACCUCCUGGAACAGGCAAAACAACAACUGUGGUGGAGAUCAUACUCCAAGCUGUUCAACAAGGCUUGAAAGUCCUAUGCUGUGCUCCAUCUAACAUUGCAGUUGACAACCUGGUAGAAAGACUUGCUGACUGUAAAGAGCGGAUCCUGCGCCUUGGUCACCCGGCUCGUCUUUUGGAGUCCAUACAGCACCAUUCACUUGAUGCAGUCUUGGCACGUGGGGAUAAUGCCCAGAUUGUAGCAGAUAUCAGAAAAGAUAUUGACCGAGCAUUUGUGAAAACGAGAAAGGCCGAAGACAAAGGAGAAAGGAGCAAUUUUCUAAAUGAGAUUAGAACACUGAGAAAAGAGCUGAAGGAGCGAGAGGAAACUGCUAUGACUGAAAUCCUGACACAUGCUAAUGUUAUUCUUGCAACAAACACAGGAGCCUCUUCUGAUGGCCCGCUGAAGCUACUUCCUGAGAACCACUUUGAUCUGGUAGUGAUUGAUGAAUGUGCCCAAGCACUUGAAGCAAGCUGCUGGAUACCUCUGCUGAAGGCCAGAAAAUGUAUCCUGGCUGGAGAUCACAAGCAGUUGCCUCCCACAAUCAUUUCUCACAAGGCUGCCACGGAGGGUCUUUCCCUCAGUUUGAUGGAAAGGCUGAUUCAAAAAUAUGGUGACCGUGUCGUGAAGAUGCUCACUGUGCAGUACCGAAUGCACCAGACCAUCAUGCAAUGGGCUUCCUCCGAGAUGUACGAUGGCCGCCUCUCAGCUCACUGCUCUGUCGCACAACAUUUAUUGAGGGACCUGCCAGGGGUGGCUUCCACGGAAGAGACUUGUAUUCCAUUGUUGCUUAUAGAUACAGCUGACUGUGGCUUAUUUGAGCUUGAAGUGGAAGAUGAACAGUCUAAAGGGAAUGAAGGUGAAGUACGUCUUGUCAGCUUGCACAUUCAAGCUUUGGUAGAAGCUGGUGUUAAGGCAAGAGACAUUGCUAUCAUUGCUACUUACAACCUCCAGGUGGACAUGCUAAGGGAGUGUUUAUGUCACAAGUACCCAGACCUGGAGAUUAAAUCAGUGGAUGGCUUCCAAGGAAGAGAAAAGGAGGCUGUUGUCCUCUCUUUUGUGAGGUCCAACAGAAAAGGUGAAGUAGGAUUCCUUGCGGAAGACCGAAGAAUAAAUGUUGCAAUUACCCGUGCCCGCCGCCAUGUGGCUGUGAUCUGUGACUCUCGGACCACUGGCAACCAUAGUUUUCUUAAACGGCUGGUGGACUACGUGAGCAAACAUGGGGAGGUGCGCACAGCUUUUGAAUACCUGGAUGACAUUGUGCCAGAAAACUAUGCUCCCAAGAGCUCUCAGAGUCUCGGUGACCAAGAAAAGAGACUUAAGCGCAACCCUCCACCUGCCCCAAAGGCUGAUGGGGAGAAACCAAAGGGGAAACCCACCAAAAGGACUGGACAGAGGUCAGCGGCAUGUUCUGAGCAGAGCACAGCCACGGUGGAAACAGUGGACACUGAAGUGAAGGAAAAUUCCUGUAAGCAUAAAGCCAGGAUAUUGGAGUUUCUGGAGAGCAGCGAGACACAGCUGGAUUUCCCUUCCUCGUUAAAUGCUCAUGACAGGUUGAUUGUCCACCAGCUGGCGGAGGAGCAUGGCUUGCAGCAUGUAAGCACGGGAGAAGGCAGAGGGAGAUACAUAAGUGUUCGUAAGAAAGCGACUGCCACAAACAUUUCUCUGGGAAAGGCUGAGGUCUGUGCACAAGAGUUACCCCGCAGACCUCCAAGCCCGGCAAAGGAAACCCAUGCCUACAGUGAGGAGAGUGGAAGUAGUAUUAGCGUGAGGAAAGUGGAUCUAAAAACAUUGCACAUGGAACGGGUGAAAAGGGAGCAAGCCAAGAGAGAGGAGAGGGAGAAACAAAGUCAAGAGCGGAAUGUGAAUCUGCAGGAGAUCGCUGGGAAGAAACACAAAAGUGAAGUCAAAGGGAAAGCUGCCGUUAAAACUAGAGUGGAAAGUGCUACCGAGGAAGACUUUGAUGCUAUGAUUUCUGCUGCAAUUAAAGCUGACAACACAUGUGGUUUCUUCAAGUGCAAAGCGAGUGUGACAACCCUGGGACAGCUCUGCCUGCAUUGCAAUAAACGCUACUGUCUCAGCCACCACAUCCCAGAGGUUCAUGGCUGUGGGGAGAAGGCCAAAGCAUAUGCCCGGCAGAGAAUCAGCAAAGAAGUGUCUCUGCAUGCUGGGAGUGGAUUAAAAGACAAAUCCUUGGAUCCUGCCAAGAGAGCUCACCUCCAGAGGCGCCUGGACAAGAAACUAAGUGAACUGACAAGCCAGAGAAAGAGCAAAAACCAAGACAAAGAGAAAUGAGAGGAUUUGCUCUGUAAAGGCAAGACCCCGGCCAGCUUGUCCUUGAGGUACCAUCUUACAGCAGCAUGCUCAGGCUCCAAAAGAAAAAGUCAAUCAAGCUCUCCAACCUUUUGGUUUGGUUUGUCCCCUUAAUAGCAGGAAUGAGCCAUUUAGCUUCACAGUCCUCAGAGGGCCAAAGAUUGAAGAAGGAUUCACGCUGUCUGCAGCUUUCAAACAAUGUUUAAGUUGCUCCUUGUCUGUAAAAUCAGCCUUGCCCAAACCCUAAAGCACUGUUGGUUAAGGAGAAAGGUGGGCAGCUUUUGUUUGUAGUAAUUAUCUUUAUUGGCAAGGUAAUAAAUGGGUGCAGAGUGGGUGCAGAGCAGGUUUUACAAUAAAAUUGUGAUAAUAUA